GAUGAUAAAAAUUUGCAGAGGGAGAUUUUGUAACUUAGUUCCUGUAGAAGAUAUGCUGGAUUACCACGGUCAUAAUUGUAUUGUGAUGUGAUUGGUGAGAGGUGCUUGGUGAAUCUUUGGCAUCAGCUGGGUCAACGCUCAGGGCUUUGUGUAGGCGGUGGUCAUGGCCGGCAAGGAUUCCAAGGGUGGUGUAUUCGGACUGGACUACAGUCGCCGGUACGACCAGAACUGUUAUUUGUGCGCGCAUAAUGCGUAUGCGGCACGCAGUUAUGGGUGGUGCUAUUACCAGCAGACAUCGGGAGUGUUCAAGCAGCUUCAGGCUGGAGUUCGUGCACUCAUGCUUGACGUCUGGAUCAAGGGCGAGGAGGUGUUCCUCUGCCACGAAGGGUUCAAGAAGACUCAGAUCAUGAAACCGUUCUCGCAACCAACAAAACUCUCGAGCCUCUUUCUUGAGGUGCGCCAAUUUCUGGACAGCAAUCCACGAGAGGUCGUUACAUGUUUUUUCGAGUCGUACGUCAAUAAUCGGGAUGUCAUGCAUCGGGCCUUCAAGGAAGGCAAUGUGGAAGAUAUCAUCUUUUGGCAAGAUUCAGAAGAAAAUGAUGUUUGCUCCAAGGGAUGGCCUACUCUACAGGACAUGGUUGACAAGAACAAGCGGCUUGUGCUGUUCUCAGACAACAGGGAUGAUGGUAUUCCGUAUGAAUGGCGCUACUGCACACAGAACGUGUACGGAAGCGCGGGCACCAGCUCAACGACAUGGAUGGAUGCACGGAGCAAAAAUUAUCCUCUCACCUGCCCAAACACGUUGUUCGUUCUGAAUCAUUUCCCGUCGGUGGCUGUGAACGUCUUUGAGAUGCUAACCAGAGUAAUGGCUAAAAUAAACAGCAAAGACAAAAUCAUCAAUCAUGCGCGUGCGUGUCGAGAGGCUUGCAAGGCAGCAAAUGCGCAGUGCGACCGCAUACCUAAUUUUGUGGCUAUCGACCUAAUCGAUCGGGGUAAGACUGGCGGUGGACCAGCUGCAGUUGAAGAGAUCAAUAGAUGGUGGGCUGAAGCUACUGGUGGCGACAAAGUCGAGCAGCAGUCGGUAAACACGGAGCCAGCUGUGGUCACAGAGGGAGGUGCAGACACGUCAGAGGCACCAGCUGUGGCACAGAGCUGAUACAGGCUGCAGUCUCCCUCCCUCCAUCCAUAUUCCCUCCGUCUCUCCGACACUCCUCCGUCCUCCCUCCUUCCUCCUUCUCUACUCCCUCCUUCGUCCUUCUUUCCUCGCUGCUUCUUCGUCCUCCUACGCUUCCUGUUCAUUCUAUGUCCACUUUUUUAAGGUUUUUUUUUUUUUUUUUUUUCAAUUUUAUAUUUGGGAACCAUGCUCCAAUCUAUUCGUGGGGAGCAACAUGUGCUGGGAACCGGGCCCAGCGUCCCAUUUGAGAAGAUAUUGGAGAACAUAUGGAAAAAGUUAAAAAAGUUAAAAAAACAGAUUGAGUUACAGGGGGGGCCAUUACCCGGCUUCGGCUGAGACUAACCGAUUCGACAGUCGUGAGCUCAGCUAGAAUUCAGAAAAGCUACGAGGAAUCUCUUUUUUAUACACACUUAGAAUACCACAUGACCACGA